AGUCUCGCGCACGGUCGGUGGAAUUACAGUUUAAAAAAGUCGGUUGCGAUAAAAUCGGCCAGUAUAACGUUACUUGUUAUCAUCAGUUUUAUAUCAUUAAAUACUAGUAGAUAUUUGUUGUUCUUUAACACAUUUUUUAAGUUCUUUAUUGUCAACUUUAUCUGAUGCUAUUUUUUUGGGCUUUUUACUGGUGAUCUGUUACAAUCAUCAUGGCAUGUGAACAGAAACUUCGCCCUUUUCAGAGCUGUCAGAUGCUGCCUGAUGUAGUGUCCACCGAACAGCAGUCACUGGUGCUUGUGAAGAAACUUUUAGCCAUUGCUGUCUCAAGCAUCACUUACCUCAGGGGUCUUUUCCCAGAAAAGGCCUAUGGUCGCAAAUAUGUUGGAGAGCUGAAAGUCCUUAUACUGCGAGAGCAUAGCUGCCCUGGUGCUCAGCAGAUUGUGCAGUGGUUGCAGGGCUGUUUUGAUGCACUUCAAAGAAGAUAUCUACGAAUGGUUCUUCUAUCAGUUUACUGUGAUCCAGACAAUCCACAGAAAGUGACUGAAUGCUACCAGUUUAAAAUCAAUUACACAGAGAAUGGACCUCAGAUGGACUUUGAGAGCAAAAAUGGACAGAGUCUGACUAAAAUGGCCUGUGACAACACCCAGAAAUCCAGUAUGCUGCUAGUGCGCAAGCUUUACAUGCUGAUGCAAAAUCUUGGCCCGCUGCCUGACAACGUCUGCCUCAACAUGAAACUCUUCUACUAUGAUGAAGUGACCCCUCAGGAGUAUCAGCCACCUGGCUUCAAGGACGAUGACAAUGAGACUUUGAUAUUUGAGAAGGAACCAGUAAAUCUGACCAUGGGAGAGGUGGUCACACCUUUUCAUAGUCUCCGAAUGAACGUCACCACUGAGCGCAAGAGACUUGAGCCGUUUGAUGAGGAGGAGGAAGUAUGUGUGAGUACAAAAUGGUCUUUGAAAAUGUUUGAAGAUGGAAUGAUGUCUGAGACCUCUGUUCAGCAGGAGUGUAUGACAAAGGAGAAAGUCAUCACUGAUGCUGGCAUUGAAUACUCAGAAACUCAGGAACACUCCCAACGGGCUCACAGAAGCAGCAAGGAGGAUCUUGACAUAACAAAUGAAAAGAUGGACAGUCUGGUAAAGAAAACUGCUGAUCUUAAGGUGAACGCAAGGAAGACCAGGAGCGGACGCAUCUUUGAACCUCAGAUCUCUCAGUUAGAGUUCCCUCUGAGCCAAGAUCCCCAGCCAUCUGCCCCGAAGAAACGCAAAGUCAGUGUACCUAAAUAACAUUGACUUGUACAGUCACACAGCAACAUACUAACACGUGCUGUUUAUUUAUUUUUUUGAUUCAUUCAGUUGAAGAAAUGCAUUGUUAACAAGUUUUAUGGUUCAUUGGCGUGUGAUAACUUGAGGAGUGCACAAAUUAAUUUUGUAUUUUGUUAUUUAUGUUAGUUUUCUAUUAGAUCAAUUUAUGCCUAGAAAUGUUAAGUAGCAUGACAAAACCGUAGUCACUGCAGCUGCAGUACCAUGUACAAAUGUAACCAGUCCACUAGAUGGCAGCAUGUACUGUGCCAGAGUAUAUUAAAACCCUGAUUCCAAUGAAAUAACAUGCAGCCCUGAUUUAGUAAAGCAGACAGUUAUAUGUAUGUACUUGAACCUGAGUGAUAUAAUAAAUAAUUAAUUUUAGAAUGUAUGUCUAGAGAAGUACAGAUAUUAGAUUAAUUUGAACAGAAAACUAGAUUUGGCUUUGUGUCCUGAUGCUGUUCUUUACAGCUAAGCAACAUAACAUCUUCCCAGUGAAACGGAGAAUUUGUUGAAUUGUCUAAAUAUAUAAAAAAUUAAUCUAUUAAAGUAUUAGUAAUAUUUGUCUGAUGUAAAGUUGUGAAUAGUGGCCUGAAUCUUCCUGUAUUUUGCACCUGCAACAAGCUUCUUGAAGAUAAAUCAGCUUUUUGAAA